AUGGGCGCUCCCGCCUUGCCCCUUCCUCUCGGCCAGCCAAUGGCAGAGCGAGGACGGCUCCGCCUGAACAGCAUCAAGAAGCUGUCCACAAUCGCGCUGGCGCUGGGGGUGGAGCGCACCCGGAGCGAGCUGCUGCCCUUCCUCACCGGACAUCGGGGUGACCCCCCCCAACCCCUUUUUCUCUCCCCCCAGCCCCCCCUGGAGAGCUUGGCCACGGUGGAGGAGACGGUGGUGAGGGACAAGGCGGUGGAGUCUCUGCGGGCCGUGUCCCACGAACACUCCCCCCCGGACCUGGAGGGUCACUUCGUGCCCCUGGUGAAGCGCCUGGCGGGGGGCGACUGGUUCACGUCCCGCACCUCGGCCUGUGGCCUCUUCAGCGUCUGCUACCCCCGCGUCUCCAGCCCCGUCAAGGCCGAGCUGCGACAGUACUUCCGCAACCUCUGCUCGGACGACACCCCCAUGGUGCGCCGCGCCGCCGCCUCCAAGCUGGGGGAGUUCGCCAAAGUGCUGGAGCUGGAGCACGUCAAGAGCGAGAUCAUCCCCAUGUUCUCCAACCUGGCCUCCGACGAGCAGGUCUGGGGGGGGAAAUGGGGGGUUCACCCCCAGCUGCAACGCGCCGUGGGCCCCGAGAUCACCAAGACGGACCUGGUGGGGGCCUUCCAGAGCCUGAUGAAGGACUGCGAGGCCGAGGUGCGGGCGGCCGCCUCCCACAAGGUCAAAGAGUUCUGUGAGAACUUGUCCCCCGACUGCCGGGAGGCCGUCAUCAUGGGCCAGAUCCUGCCCUGCAUCAAGGAGCUGGUGUCCGACGCCAACCAACACGUGAAGUCGGCGCUGGCCUCGGUCAUCAUGGGGCUGUCCCCCAUCCUGGGCAAGGACAACACCGUGGAGCAUCUGCUGCCGCUCUUCCUGGCCCAGCUCAAGGAUGAGUGCCCCGAGGUGCGCCUCAACAUCAUCUCCAACCUGGACUGCGUCAACGAGGUGAUCGGCAUCCGGCAGCUCUCCCAGUCCCUGCUGCCGGCCAUCGUGGAGCUGGCCGAGGACGCCAAGUGGCGCGUGCGCCUGGCCAUCAUCGAGUACAUGCCCCUGCUGGCCGGGCAGCUGGGGGUGGAGUUCUUCGACGAGAAGCUGAACUCGCUCUGCAUGGCCUGGCUGGUCGACCACGUUUACGCCAUCCGGGAGGCCGCCACCAGUAACCUGCGGAAGCUGGUGGAGCGCUUCGGGCAGGACUGGGCUCAGGCCACCAUCGUGCCCAAGGUGCUGGCCAUGGCCACCGACCCCAACUACCUGCACCGCAUGACCACGCUCUUCUGCAUCAAC